AAAGAAAUAGAUCACCUCCUCAUUUCCAUAGCGGUAAUGUAUGCCCUACGUCGGCACAAUCGCUUUCCCGUAAGUUUAGGGUUUCAGAGUAUGAUUACUUUGUUUUUGUUGGAAGGGAAUGAUUGAAGAACGACUAGGCCUAGCUCUUGAAGUGGGGUUUCUUGACAUUCAUUUUUUUUUUCCACAUGUAACAUUUAUUAUUAGCCGGAGCAGAAGAACCAGUAGGGAAUUGGGGCUUUGAAGUAGAAGAAACACAUAAAAGAUAUGGACCUCGAGAUGGAGAGCGUCAUUUCAGAUUCUGAUGAGCAAGUUCGUCAAAGCAGAGAGCAGUUUCGUCGUUAUGGGAAAAGACAGUCAUCUUCCAGCAAAAAUUCGGCUAAGUCUUCUGAAUCCAGGCCCAUUUUUGAUGGCUGUAACUUUCAAGGACUACCUAAUGCUGCUCUUUUCCUUGAAGACAUCAAACAAGAGGUUGAUAAUUUUGAUGUCGAUGCAUCUUAUGUUUCCAAGAGAAGAACUUCUUUGGAUGGUCAGCGGUCAUAUGAGCUAGAUGGGACGAUUGAAUCAGCCCGACAGGCCCGAACACCUCUCAAACAUUUCAAGCAUGAGGAUGAGUCGUGGGCGGACAGUGGAGAGACUACCUUCUCCUUAUUUGCAUCCCUUAUAGACUCUGCUCUUCAUGGAUUGAUUCCAUUUCCCGAUUUGAUUUUACAAUUUGAGAACAAAUGUCGAGAGGUAUCUGAGCUCAUCAAAGAUGGGGCUACAGGGAGGCAUCGGAUUGUGGAAGAUAAAUUAAUGAAGCGAAAAGCUCAAAUUCUUCUUGAUGAAGCUGCUACAUGGUCGCUUUUGUGGUAUCUCUUCGGGAAAGGGAAUGAUGAGAUUCCAGGUAGUCUUAUAAUGUCUCCUUCGACUUCACAUCAAGAGGCUUGCAACUUUGUUCUUAUGAACCACACAGCUCAGUUGUGCCUUCGAAUUGUUCAAUGGCUUGAAGAUCGUGCUUCUAAAGUUCUCGAUUUGGAGAAGAGGGUUCGGGGAUGGCAUGUUGGAUCUUAUCUUCACCACUCUGGUGUAUGGCAUCGAACCCAGCGGCUUUUGAAGAAAGGCCCCACUGAUACCUCCAUUAUCCAGCACUUGGAUUUUGACGCUCCAACGCGUGAACAAGCUCAUCCAGUUCUAGAAGAUAAAAAACAAGAUGAAGCUCUUCUGGAAGAUAUUUGGCUUCUGCUGAGGGCAGGAAGAGUAGAGGAGGCAUGUGACCUUUGCCGUUCUGCUGGUCAGCCUUGGAGAGCAGCAACUUUAUGUCCCUUUGGUGGUCUAGACUCCUUCCCAUCUGUCGAAGCAUUGGUGAAGCCCGGAAAAAAUAGAGCACUGCAAGCUGUUGAGCUGGAGAUGGUAAUUGGAUUUCAGCGGCGACUUUGGAAAUGGGCUUGCUUCUCUGCUGCAGAGAAAAUUGCCGAGCAGGAUGGUGGGAGGUACGAGACAGCUGUAUUUGCAGUGCAGUGCAGUAACUUAAAGCGUUUGCUUCCAGUCUGCACAGAUUGGGAGUCUGCCUGUUGGGCGAUGGCAAAGUCAUGGCUUGAUGUACAGAUAGAUUUGGAAUUGGCCCGUUAUCAGCCAAGUAGAUCAGAUGAUAUGAAAAGUAAUGAAGUUAUUUUAGAUGGGGCUGCUGGUGAAGGUGACCAGACCAUGCAAGGUUCUAUUGGUCCAGAAUCAUGGCCAUCGCAAGUUCUAGAUCAGCAGCCUCGUGACCUUCAUGCGCUUCUUCAGAAACUUCAUUCGGGGGAAAUGGUACACGAAGCAGUCUCCCGAGGAUGUAGGGAACAACAUCGGCAAAUAGAGAUGGAUCUCAUGGUAGGAGAUGUUGCACACGUCCUAGACCUUUUAAGAUCUUGGAUAUCACCUCCAGAGGAUGAUGGUAACUUUUUCAGUCCUCAGUGUGAUCCCCAAAUGAUACGGUUUGGCGCACAUUUGGUGCUUGUUCUGCGAUACUUACUUGCCGAUGAUAUUAAGGACGAAUUCAAAGACAAGCUUACACUUAUAGGUGAUUUGAUACUCCACAUGUAUGCCGUGUUCUUAUUUUCUAAGAACCGUGAAGAACUUGUAGGGGUUUAUGCCUCACAGCUUGCACCCUACCUUUGUGUUGAACUGUUUGUGCAUAUGAUGGAACUAAGACUGAAUGAAAGUGUGCAUGUGAAGUAUAAGAUCUUCCGAUCUGCCAUGGAGUACUUAUCUUUCUUUCCAGGAGAUGCUUCAAAAGGUUGUGUUUCAGAUAUUCUUGAGCGGGUUCUUUCAAGAUCACGUGAAAUUAAACGUAAAGACGAGGUGCAGUCAAAUUCUGUUGCAGAGCAACAUCGCCUGCAAAGUUUGCAGAAAGCCAUGGUUGUUCAGUGGCUCUGCUUCACUCCACCAUUCACCAUCAACGAUUUUGAAGCUAUUAAGGCCAGGCUGCUUAUGAGGGCAUUGAUGCAUAGCAUUGUCCUUCUCAGAGAGUUUGCUCUGAUAUCCAUGUGGAGGGUGCCAAAACUGCCAGUAGGUGCACACAUGCUAUUGAGCUUUCUUGCGGAGCCGCUGAAACAACAACCAAUAGAUACCCUUCUUUCCAUUGAUGAGCAUGACGUCUCACAGAAUAUUGUCGAGUUUGAAGAUUGGAAAGAGUACUAUUCUUGUGAUGCAACGUACAGAAAGUGGCUUAAGGCUGAUCUAGAGAACACGGAUGUUCCUCUCCUUGAUCUUUCCCUAGAAGAAAGAGAAAAAGCUAUUGUUGCUGCAAAAGAAGCACUGAGUGCUGCGCUGGCUUUGUUACAGAGAAAGGAAAAUCCUUGGUUGGCAUUGUCUCAAAAUCUUCUGUAUGCAUCGGCAGAUCAUUCAUUUAUUGAGUUGCAUACAACUGCAAUGUUCUGUCUCCCUUCUGGGGAUUGCAUGCUUCCAGAUGCUACCUCAUGCACUACAUUGACAAGUGCCUUGUACUCGACAGUCAAUGAGGACGUAAUUCGUGAACGUAGGUUGAUGGUCAAUGUCUCCAUUCCUGCAAAUGAUCAGACUUGCAUUAAGGUGGUAAUUAACUGUUUGGCAGUGGAAGGUGAUGGCCUUGGACUGCAUGAAAGCAAUGAUGGGGGCCUUCUUGCUGCUGUUAUGGCAGCUGGAUUUAAAGGUGAACUAAGUCGCUUUGAAACUGGAGUUACACUUGAGAUAUCUCAACUUGAUGCGUGGUAUAAAGAUGCUGAAGGCACCCAGAAAGACCUUGCAACUUAUGUUGUUAGGGGUCUCUGCCGUAGAUGCUGUCUUCCAGAGCUCAUCCUUCGCAUUAUGCAGAUUUCUGUUUCUCUUGCUGAAUCUGGUAUUACUCCUGAUGACCAUGAUGAGUUGAUUGAGCUGGUGGCCUCUCCCGAGUCUGGGUUACUUCAUUUGUUCAGUCAACAUCAAUUGCAGGAGUUCUUAUUAUUUGAGAGAGAAUAUGCAAUAUGUAAAAUUGAGUCUCAAGAGGAGACCUUGACAGACUGAUGAAUAUCGACCAUGAGUGUCUGAUGCAAUUCUGUAUGAUCGUCCCAUUUCGGUUUCAAGGAAAGGUGAGACGUUUCGAUGGAGGGUUCAGUAGGUUGUUCAGGACAUCAACCCGCCAGAAGUUGCAACCUACCUACCUUUUGUAUGCUUGUGAUCUUAUUGUGUUCGGGAAAGCUAAUUAAAACUGUGAAUAUAACAUAAAUGCAUGUCUAUUUUCCAACAAGAAAUGAGUUACGUAGCAGAAAAGAAAAAGAACUCCAAGACUAAAUUAACUGAAUAGGCAUACAUUCCUUCCAGAUGUGCCUAUUGGAGAUAUGGUCAUUCUUAGACAUUUUGGGAUGCCCAGAAGAAAUUCUUUAUGUAUCUCUGUCUACCUUCUUGACUGAUGAACCGAUACCCACCUCCUGUAAUUUCCUUAUAUAUAGCAUAACAUAUGAGUAUUAUUAGGGUUGGAUUUCCAACCCAUACUUUUGCUACAA